AUGAAAGAAGAUCAUCUCCAGAGUGAAGCUGAAUUUGACAUUGUUGCUUUAACUGAAUCUAAUUUACAAACGGAUGAGAUGGGCAGUGAGCUAUUCCCUACGGAAUCUGUUGAUGUUUACAGAAAGGAUAGGAAAUGUGAUGUCAAUAACGAGCAAAGUAGUGAUAUGACAGGUCAGUUAAACUUUUAUGUGGCUGUAAUCUAUAUUCCCUCUACUAUAACAAAUGAUGUGUUUGAACACUUUACCAAGAAACUAGGACAAACGAUGUGUCACAAAUCAGGUAGCGUCAUACAGGCAGAUAUAAUGACACCAAGAACCUUGGAAGGUAGUAUCCCCGAAUCUGAGGCAACUGACAUUAAUGAAGCGGAUGUCGAGCAUGAUGACGAUGAUAAUAUAUCUACAGAACAAUCACCGCCAACGACACCAACGACUUCACAAACUCUGCUACCACAAAUCCAUCAAUCACCACAAUCAUCAUCAUCAUCCUCUAAACGCCUGUUCAAGUCACCACCAAAGAAGAAAAAUAGGCGACAGAAUGAAGCAGCUAAGUAUGAUGAAGCGUUUCUUAGAAUUGAGCAAGAGAAAUUGAAAUAUUUCAAGGGGCCUGUGCAGGAUAGCGAAAUGCUAUUCCUAAUGAGUUUGCACCCUUUUCUUAAAAAAAUACCCGCUUCUCAACAGUUGUCCGUACGAGCGGACUUGAUGCAAGUUCUCAUGAAGAAUCAGCCCUCUCCAUCAUAUUUACCAACUCCCAGUCCAGGCUACCAGUCAUCGAGUGAAGACUGGCUAAGUGAUUGUUCGAGCGCCCAAUCCAGUACAAGCUACGUAAUUUUGGAAGGAACUCGUCAGUUAGCCACACAGCACAAUCCGCCACAGCUUCAGACUUUUUUCACAAGUUUUGAUCCAACAGACAUCGAAAAAAGAAGCUAA